UUAUCAUUGUGUACAACAAGGUUUAGUGCUACAGGGAGUCCUGGUUUAAGGUUAAGAAGCCAUUUUGUUUUAGAACUUAUAGUUAUAAGAUUUAUGCUUUUAAUUUCUUAUAGGCAUUCUUUUUUAUAAAUGGCUCAUGGGAAUUUCAAUAUGUGAAUAUUGAGAGGGUUUUGAGUGCGUUACUACAACAAAAAGGAUAUGCUUUAAAUAAUGUCAGUAUUGGAAAUAUGCUUUGCUAUUUUAAACACAGCUGCACGUUGUCCAUCAUGUCCAUGGGAAAUAAUGCAUAACAAAUCUGAAUCAUGACGGAACCAAAGGAUUACAGAGAGAAAGUUAAAGACAAAAGGUUUCAUAACUGGAUAAAAGCCAACCUUGCUAUAAACAUAGCAAAGGAAGGCGUUCAGGAUCAUGUUAUAGACAAAAUAACGGACUUCCAUAAUGACUUAUUAAAGCAGGUGGAAAACACUGGCGGACAUUAUUGUUCUAAAUGCACAAUCGAGCAAAUUUUCCCGUGCCCCACAAAGUCUCUAUGUGUAAAAAAGUCAGGUGUAUGCUCCUUUCACAACUCUGAGACAAAAAGAUUUCGUGCAUGUCCAAACAAUACAUGUGGCAAGAUAAAAGAUGAAAUAAGAAAAAAACAUAGAUAUAAUUGCCCUUCUUGGAAGAACACUAGAGCAGAAAACUGGUGCACCAAUGCUUGGGAAGUAGCAAAGUGUUACAUGCCUGAAGGAUAUUCAGGUGUAAAUGGAAUAGCUGAUACAGAUUUCAACGGAAUUGUCAGCGUCUUGUACAACCAUAAAGCUUUUAAGUCAAUCGAUGAAUCGUUAUUUAAGGAGGUACGGUCUACAUCAAAUAAGGUCAGACACUCUGCAGAUCUUUUAAUUGAGGAAGGCGAACUUGAUAACCAUCUUGAUAAUCUGGUUGAAUUUCUGGAAAGUCUUGAACAUCAAAACACAAAGGAAGAACUAAAAAAGAUUGAUAAGCUAAGGAAAGACGUAUUGCCAAUUUCUAAGGAAGACCAACUCGAUGUAAUAGACCAAAACGCAAAGGUCAAUACAACACAUCCACAAAGAAUAGAUAUGUUGGACGAGAUAAAACAGGCCCUGAGCAGGAUGCAAAUGUCAACUCAAACGUCUUUCCAAGAACUGAAUAAAAGAUUAGCGGAUCCUGAUGGAAAAUAUGAAGAAUUAAAACAGAAUUUAAAAUCGGACAUGAUAGAGUUCAACAAUCAAAAUCAUAGUUCUAUCCCAGUAUCCCCACUUAUUGAAGAAAACGACACACCUAUAGUAGACUUCUACGUUUGGCCAGUGAUAGGCAGCACAGAUGCACAAAAACCAACUGAAAUAACUUCCCUGUGGGACGUAUUUUAUUCAAAAACGAGAACAACACGAUUCAGAGAAAUUUACGUAACAUCUGUUGCUGGAAUGGGAAAAACUGCCUUCUCCAAACGACUUGCCACAAGUUGGUGUCAAGCUCAUAGCGCUGAAAAUAAUCAGACUGAAACUAUUGUGGAAGACGACCAAAGUGUCAUGAAGACUUUUGACUAUCUUUUCCUCAUUCCACUCAGAGAAACAUGCAAAAUACAUUGUACUGUCAACGAAAUGGUCUUACACCAAGUUGUAAAACAUUUAUCACGUGGACAUGAUUAUUCCAUGAAACUUUUACAAGACGUUCUGCACAAUGAAAACUGUUUAGUUAUUCUUGAUGGGCUCGAUGAGUGGACACACACUAUCCCAACUAGAUGUUGUUGCCAUUCCUCAAUCGACAUUCCUCAUAGAAAAUCACACAAACAUUGCACUAUUCUCUCAACAACAAGGCCUUGGAAACUUAGUACGCUGAAUUUGAAAACCAGUCAGAUUGAUAAUCAUCUGUCAAUAACAGGCCUUGGUGUAGAAUCUACUAAACAGCUGAUCAAAAACUCGUUUACAAAGCUUAAAACCAGAGAAAGGGAUGUAACAAAUCAAAUUGACGCAUUCGGAGAAGCAAUCAAAUUUAAAAGCAUUGAUGAGCUCAAAAGAGUCCCCCUUAUACUGACAUAUCUGAUUUGUCUUUGGGUAGAUGACUUUCCUUUCGGAAAUUCUAGAUGUGAAAUCUACAGUAACUUAGUCGGUCUUCUCUUGGCAAAAGCUGAAGAAAGGAAACAUGCGAAUCUGAUUCGACCCACUGAUUCGAAAAGAAGAAAAAUGGAAAUGCCAGAAGCAAUAAGUAAAAAUGACUAUUGUCUGAAAUACUAUAGCUUUUUAACUAAGUUGGGUCAUUUAGCGUUUGAAACAUAUAUAGAUAAUAAAAAUCGAGAAUUUUCACUUGUGUUUGAUAGGGAUGUGGCAAAGAAUCGACUUGGAGAUAAUUACCUUAAGUUCAGCCUUUCAAGCGGCCUUCUGACUCAACACAAAAUUAAAGGACAUUACACAACAAGGCGGUAUCGAAUCGCAUUUGCACACAAAAGUUUCCAAGAGUUUCUCGCUGCUUUGUAUAUGUUCACGGUAAACAUAAAUUCUCCAAUGACGAAGCAAAUAAAAAGGUUAUGUGAUUCUGUCCCAAAUAUUCUUUCAAUCUCACACUUCUACAUCUUUCUUUCUGGACUUUGUCCUGAUAAAGUAAGGGCGUUGUCAAACGAGAUACAGAAAGUCAUUAUUGCAUCUGACAUAACACAAAGCUACCGGAGCGACAUGGGGUCCUGGAACUAUUUUGUUGGAUAUAAUGAAACAAUGAAGAAACUACAAAACUUGCAUGUGACCUGUACCGAAGAAUGCGAAGACAACUCCAAUGAAUUAAUUGAAAUUCAAAUGGAUGACUUUAUCAUUGACUCCGAUUUUGAAAGUAGGAGGUACUCCAAUAUACUGCAAAGAAUAAUGAUCUCCAAUAAGAAGAAUAUGAAGUCCAUCAAAGUAAGAAAUAUACAAACAGUUGAAAAGUUUAAAGAAGUUACAAAUAUAUUUAAAGGAAGUGGAACACAAAAUCUAGAAAAAAUUGACCUGAAGUGCGUCUUUGGAGAAAAAGAGCUUGAUGCGCUCUUAAAAGAUUCAUAUAACUCCUUGAAAUGUUUUGUUAUUAAAGGUGGACAAUGGAAAGAUGAUAAAUGGAAUCAUAAUCGCAUAUCUUUGUCAAAUGAAAGCUACAGGAUCAUUCAAAGUCUGAAAUGUUUAGAAAAGCUCUACCUCAGAAAUAUUGAAAUGUCACAUACACAACUUGAGGGCUUAGUAGACUUUUUGUGCAGCCGGCCAGAAAUGAAACAAAUAGGAUUAGAAAAUAUCAAAUGUAGUAGCCAUGAUGAAUGCGAAGGAGUCAGUUUUGAUUUGUCAAACCAUUCAUUUUUGAAAUUUCUAGAAAUAGGCGAGAUCCCUUUCUCAAGUGUCCAAAUAAAUACUUCGGCGCUUGAAGUUUGCUAUGUUGGGAAGUUUCCAAAGGCCAUGGCCUUGUCCUCUGUUCUUCUGUGUCUUCAAAAAGCCAAGUAUUUGCAUAGGUUUUAUUGUGGGUUUCUUGCUUCCGAAGAGGAUGUGUCCGUUCUAUUGAAAACGAUUCCGACACUUGUCAACACUGAAUUAAUCUGGUUGACCAGGAUCAAUAUUGGAGAUAAACAUGUCUUGAUUUCUCCAAAUAUGGCGAAACUAGAAAAGAUUGUGAUGCUUGAUGUGACGAUGGAAUAUUCAGCUCUUCGACGGCUGUUUAUGCAAACUGUUGAAAUGAACCAGCCAGUAAAAGUAGGACUAUUUGCUGUUUCAGUGACACCAGAACUUAAAGCUGAAGAGGUCAAAAAUGAAAUUAGAAAUAGUAAGAAAGUAGUAAUGUUAUUAGAUGGUAAGGAUGAAAAUGGACAAGAUGAGUUCUUAUUUCAAACAGUUCCCCAAGUAACGGGACAACAUGAAUGAAAUAAAUCUGCACUUGUAAGCGAAAUGGCAUUUUUUUACGAAAAGGUAGGAUUUUUGAACAGCUACAAAUUAAAGAAAAGUGAACAAGAAUGAACUUUCAAUUUUACGAAGUUGAAGACUUAGGUCGAGGUAUUAGAACACAUAGGUAAUCUGUCUUUUAUAGUUCAUCAAUAGCUUACGUUUUACAGGUAUCAUUAGCUAGUGCGCGUUCGUUUAAGCAUGUUCACAUCGGUUAAAGGUUGGUCAGCAAAAGAUUAACCUGAUAUAUGAAUGUGUAAAAUUCGUGUUCAAUUCAUUUUUCCUUAUUUACCUCCGUUCCAUUUAAUCCCCAAGUGACAUGUCUGCAAUGUUUUUUUAUAUAAUUUGUUGUUAUAUUUUUUAGUCCAUUUCUAUCUUUAUGGGUACUUAAUUAUGUGCCGACAUAGUUAUAAUUUUGAUGCUUUCAAAACCAGUAAUUGAUCGUUUGUUUUCUUGUGGAAUUCUCAAAUAUAUACAGUCAAACUCGCUUUAUACGAACUCUUCGGGACCUGGGAAAUGUGCUCGUAUAAAACGAAAUUCGUAUUAAAGAAUGUAUGACUCCUGGGUAAUUUGCCCGAGUAAGUUGGGCAGUAUCACCGGUAUCGCCGGUGAUUAGCUUCAGAUAAAUAAAAAUACAGUAGGGAAUAGAUGCUCAUUAGUAGUUUUAACUGAUUAAGUGAGAAUGUUCAGUUUACAAUGAAACAACUCCUCAAAAUUCAUACUUUAACACGUAAACAUGUAUGAAAAAUGAAUUUUAAUGUACAAAUUUAUUGAACCAUCAAGUGUUUAUAGCACAUAUAGAUCUAGCACAUAUAAAGGAAUACAGUAACGUGUAUAUGUGAUAAUAAUAAUGUCAAUGCAUUUUUGCAACAGGUACUUUACACAUGGUAUUUCAAACAUUUCCUGGAAAAAAAAAACUGGUAAUUUUUGGUUGUAUUUUUGAUACUUAAAGUACACUACAUAGCCCUAAAACGUACAAUGAAAUUAUAUUUUCAUGAAUAGGUGUACAAAUUAAAGUGAUUAUCGCUGAAUUGCUAAAGAUAUUAUUACUUGGACUCGAUUGCAAUGAAUAAAAUAACUGCAUACAUAGUGUAAAUCUCGUUAUUAUGUAUUUAUCGAAUACAGGUGAUAAAAAGAAAUGGCCGCCGACAUCUAAAAUUAGUUCGUAUCAAAAAAUGGAAACUUAUACCAUUUAAGCUCAUUGGGACUUCCAAAAUGUAUUCGUAUCUCCCGAAAAUCCGUAUGAAGCGAGUUCGCUAUUACCGAAAUAACUGUACAAAGAAAUAGAAGGACUCAGCCGGGGAAUCCGGAUUUUGUUCGUUAUAGUCGAAAAUUCGUAUCAAGCGAGUUCGUAUCAAGUGGACUCGACUGUAUAUAUAUAUAUAUAUAUAUAUAUAUAUAUAUAUAUAUAUAUAUAUAUAUAUAUAUAUAUAUAUAUAUGUAUUUUUGACACAAGGAUUACGAAUUUCAAUUAUGCUUUUAUUACUAUAGCUUCUAGCUCCUGUUGUCAAGAUAUUAAUCUCAUUUCAUAGUAUUACAUGAUAGUUAUGGUCGUUUAGGAAAACAUUAUUUUGAUACAUGUUGUAUUGUUACGUAUUUUUGAGAGAAUCUUAAAAUCAGUGUGUUUACAAACAUACGUACUGUUAUUAUGGUAAUUGUUUUUCGUGUAGUGUUUUAUUUAAUCUACGUUGACCUUUUUAAAGCUAAUAAAUAUCAUAACCUUUGCCAGGUUAGUAUUUUCUUUUUUAUAUUAUAAGAGAGUUGGUCAUCUGCACAUGCAUACUUAAAAGAAUUGUUUUCUAAUAACAAAUUAUCUUAAAUGCUAUUGUUACCAUAUGUGAAAAGACUGCUGACAUCAUAUUACCUACUUCUUUCAUUGCUGUACUUUUGCUGCUAUGUGAGAUUCUUUCAUCAAAGCUGACUCAAAAACGAGGCAGAAUCAUUAUACAGAAAUCCAUAAAACUAAACUUACUUAAGAGUGGUAUUAAACUCUGAUGAUGAAACUUUCAAGGCAUUUUGAAGGAAGAUCAGUUUGAUGUUGUGAUAUAUUUCUAGAUACAGGUGUUUACAUUUUUGUUUCACAUUCACUUUGUAAGUUAUUUAAUUUUAUAAAUGUGAUAAUUGAAAGUGUAAGGCUUAUGCUUAUUGUGCCAUAGUUAAAUGUAAUUCGUUAAACAUCUAUCAUGGCAUUUAAAUGUGUACAUUAAUUUGACUAUGGACACUACUUCCUUGGUAAAUCAGUUUGCAAAUUUUGAAAAUAAAUACAAAUAGUUUAAGU